UGCGACUGCUACCCACAAAAUCGUACAUCGGCUCGAGUUUCUGCUCAUAACAGUUUUUCUUUCUUUAAAAAGAAUUUCAGCACCAGAUAUAGAGAAGCGGUAACUCCUCGCGCCUCUCCCAGACUCCCAGUUGCACUCCAAGGAAUAGAACUAACUUCCUUCUUUCAGAUUUUUUCCUCCAAGAGCUGCUCCUUUAAGCAGUGCAUCCCGGUCGGUUAGUGGGAUGGUUCAGUUUCAAGCUAGCGAGAGGAAGUUGCGCAGCCCGGAUCAGGCAGAGAGAUAAAAGCUCAGAUAGUGAUUGAAAGUGAUGGCAAAAAGGAUUUACCAUUAGUAUUAAGUUGGAGAGAGAGAGAGACAGAGAGAGAGAGGGAGAGAGGGAGAGAGAGAGAAGCCGAGGGAGGAGGAGGGAGAGAGAGAAGGGGGGAGAGGGGAGGGAGAUUUUCCAUGAAGCUUUUUCUAUCUGCCCUUGAGCGUACAGGGCAAACCCGAUCUGAUAAAGUAAGGGGAGAGGAAGAAGGGUGGACAGUAGCCCUCGUUUAAAGUCAAAAUAUUUAUACUUAUACUCUUUUACGCUGGAAUUUGCAUUUGUUACUAAAAUCUAGGGCAAGAUCCUAUCGUGCAGUACCGCCAUCCUCAGUGUUAUUAAAAAGUACCGAGCAGAAGAGAAAACAAACGCAUCCAACGCAAGGGAGUAGAGUGAGCUCCAACACGAAAGUGGGUGCGUCGGUGAGGUUGCGGAAAGGCUGGGACGUUGCAAAAGGAUGUCUAUAUGAAGGAAUACAACACGUUUCGCAUUGGGCCGACCAACUGUUUCUCGAAGCGGAGGAGGUGAAGAUAUGGUGUAAAGCGCACUUUACCCAUGGAUCUGUCUGGAGAAAUGAGACUCACCAACACCUUCAUCGGGCACCUUUGUUUUCCGACUUCUUGAAAAGGACAUUACGUGUGCUCACAUUCCAGUGUUAUUAUCAGUAGUUUCACUUAAACACAGAUUUGGCAGAGCUAUGAGCACCGCAGAUACAAUGAAGUUCACUAUCAACUUUAACCACGACCCCGACAAUUGGUUUUAAUCUCACACAGAUAAUAUCGUUGCAAAUAUUAUAAAGAAACACAGAAAAAGUGUACAGCACAUCUAUUGACUGCAGUCUCAGUUCUAUCUCAUUUUAUCUCUCUUUUUAUUUGUUUGCACCUUUGUUUAACCUUAAUUCAAGUUUGAAACUUUAUGUAUGUAUCUGAAGGAGACGGAUUAAGACGGAUGAUCGCAAUGAAUUAACUGGUUGAUUCAAUAUGAUUACAAAUCGGGUUCCAUGCUGAUCUCUUUGGUGCGUGCUGACCUUGCGGUGGCACCCUUCGCCCUUCUCCGGACAAUCAGUCUUGGACCAUGCGCGUGGCGCCCGCGAAUGCCAUGCUAUUACAGGUUGCUUUGUUCUUCCUGUGCAUUGCUUUGACUCUGGGCCAGUACGACAUAUGCAAGUCCCUAGUGAGCACGGAUGAUGGCCCGAUAUGGGAGUUCUACGCCUGCCAACCCAAGCCAGCUUCCAUGAAGGACUUCAUGCGAGUAAGGGUGGAUCCCCCCGGCAUAACCUGUGGAGACCCCCCUGAGAGGUUCUGCACUCUGGAGAACCCGUACCUGUGCAGCGAUGAGUGUGACGCUUCAAACCCAGACCUGGCGCACCCCCCCCAGCUCAUGCAGGACCGCGAGCGCAGCGGCUUGAUCACCUACUGGCAGACCGUGACAUGGAGCCGCUUCCCGGAGCCUCUCCUGGCCAACAUCUCCCUGGCCUGGAACAAGAGCCUGGAGCUGACCGACGACAUCCAGAUCACGUUUGAGUACGGCCGGCCCACCAUGAUGGUGCUGGACAAGUCCCUGGACUACGGCCGCACGUGGCAGCCCUACCAGUUCUACGCUGACGACUGCAUGGACGCGUUCGGCAUGCCCCCCAAGAAGGUGCAGGACCUGUCUGCCACCAACGUGACCCGAGUCAUCUGCACCGAGGAGUACUCACGCUGGGUGGGCUCAAAGAACGACAAGAACGUGCGCUUCGAGGUACGGGCACGCUUCGCCAUCUUUGCUGGGCCCAAGCUGCUCAACAUGGACAACCUGUAUACGCGCAUGGAGAGCAUGAAGGGCCUACGGGACUUCUUCACCUUCACCAACCUGCGGCUGCGCCUUCUCCGACCGGCACUGGGAGGCACCUACGUGCAGAGGGAGAAUCUCUACAAGUACUUCUACGCCAUCUCCAACAUUGAUGUCCCUGCCAGGUGUAAGUGUAACCUCCAUGCAGGACAGUGCACUUUUGUGGAUGGGAACCUGCAAUGCGAGUGUGAGCACAACACAACGGGUCAGGACUGCAGUCGCUGCAAGAGGGGUUUCCGAGCCAAGUCCUGGAGGCCUGGCUCCUACUUGCCCACACCCAAUGGAUCACCCAACACCUGUGCAGCGGCUGGUUCAACACUUGGCAUACCACGGUUAAUGGCUGCUGAGCUUGUGCUGGUUACAACUGUGAAAACCACAAGAACAACCACUGCUGCUACCCCUACUACAACCCGACAGUCCAGGGUAAACAGUAUAGCAGAGGUCGCUACCCUCAGCAGCACCAUGGCUGAAGCACGUGAACCACAGCUCAGCUCACUCCUCAGUGACACGCUCAGAGACAGUCCCAUCUCUCUCACCGAGCAGCCAGAGCUUCUUGCGGUGCCUGCCCAAACCACCAUGGCACUUCCCACUGUGCCCAUCCAGACAGACAGCACUACUGCCCAGACAGACAGUCCAACCGUCCAAACAGACAGUCUGGUAUUCCAGUCAGACAGCCUGGAACUCCAGACAGAAAUUCCAACCUUUCAGACAGACAACCCGGUGCUCCAGACAGAAACCUUUCCGACAAGCAGUCUGCCUGCUUCGACAGACACCAUACCCAUCCAGACAGACACACAGCCCCCCUCAACAACCCUUUCCCCACCAACAGAAGAGAUUGUUGCAGUGGAUAAAGACAAGGAAGUUACCCCAAAGCCGGAAGUCAAGGAUACUCAGAACAAAGAGAAGAAGAAAUUUCCCUUUUGGAAGUGGGCAGAGAAAGAGGAAGGGAAGGAAAAAAAACGUACGAGAGAUAAAGAAAAAGAUAAAGAUUCUGAAAAAAAGACGAAGAGAAAAGGGAUUUUAAGGCUCUUGUUCUCUGGUGAGGGGCAGACCAGUAAGUUAGCAGGAAUUGCAUACGGCCAAUUUGAAGACUGUGAGUGCUACGGCCACUCGAACCGCUGCAGCUAUAUCGAUUUUCUCAACAUCGUGACCUGUGUCAGCUGCAAACACAACACCAGGGGGCAGAACUGCCAGCACUGCCGCCUCGGAUACUUCCGGAACGCCUCAGCUGAGCUGGACGAUGAGAGCGUGUGCAUAGAGUGUAACUGUAACCAGAUUGGCUCCAUUCACGACCGCUGCAAUGAGACGGGUUACUGCCAGUGUAAGGAGGGUUCUGCUGGGCCCAAGUGUGAAGACUGCCUCCCUGGAUACUACUGGAAGCAAGGUUGUUUCCCCAAUGUUUGUGACGAUGAGCUGCUGCUCUGCCAGAAUGGUGGCACCUGCUACCAGAGCCAGAAGUGCAUGUGUACACCAGAGUUCAAGGGGGUGCUGUGUGAACAAAUUCGCUGCGAAGGUGGGGACUGCGAUGGUGCCUCGGCUUCCUACCUCAGCUUUGCCACCCUGCUCCUCUGCCUCUUGGCCAAUCAACUGGCCCAAUUAACUGCAAACUGAGCCACACCUGGACCCGCGCAGGCGAGGGAGGGGUGAGGCCACUGCAGCAGAGUCCCCUUCCCAACUCCGGUUUGUAGGUGCCAUUUUAUCUCAGAUGGCCCAGGCCUGUUUCAAGGUACAGGGGGCUCCAGGGGUGACGAGAAGCUGGAGGAACGUCGCUUUCUUCUCCUUGAACACCAGUGCUGAAGGAGUAAAAAUACCAAAAACAAAACCACAAUGUAAGAAAAGACUAGGAAGGAACCUGUUGAAUAUUUAAGAGACUUUCUUCUUGUUGUAGUUCUGAGUUUACCCCCCCAAACCGCUCACUUAAAUUCUGCACUUAACCAUGUCAUUUCUGAAUGGAGAUGGGUUAUAAUCGCUGCUGAGGCCUAUUUAAAACUUUAAGCCAGGUUUAACUUUCCCUGGAAACAGGAUUUGUUUUUCACAUUUCCUUUCUUUGCUGCAAUUCUGUCUCCUGUCCAUAGUUUCAUGAAUGCCCACUGACUGAAUUGAAAAAGAAAUGUAAUCACUGUUUUCCUGUGCAACAAGAACAGGAACAAGAAUGAGUAUCUCCACUGUUAGAGGUUCAGAUUUCACAAGGUAUUCAGGAAGCAGACACAGAAUAUAACGUAUCCAAAUGAAAUCUAAAAAAAAAAAAAAAAACAUCUAAAGAAAUAUUACUCUUAUAUAUUACAUUGUUUGAAUAUUUUUUGUAGAAAUUAUUUUUGUUCCAAGUUAACAUUAAUUGAAAAUAAAAAAUAUAUAUAUAAAGAUGAGAAUUUUAUUACUCCAUACACCUUACAGUAAAUGUGAUUGUUACCUGCCCAUGCUUUGUUUCUGCUUAAGUCAUUUCCUUAAACAAGUUAACAAAAAAUUAUGCUCUGUCAAGAUUGCCAAUUUCUCCAGACUAUGACUCACAUACACCCACACAAAUGUGUUCUUGGGAAUAAACCUAGCAAUAAUGUCCACUACCACCAUUUGACAUUUUAACAUUGAUCUCAAAACUGUAUAUUAUGAUUCAAACAUAUUGUCCUGCUCAUUGAAACUUCGCCAAUGAACCACAAAGUAGUUGCAACAAUGUCAUGCUGUUUUUAAAAUGAUGCACUUUUUCUGUUGCAGAAGAUCUGGUUAUCAGAAAUAUUGACUAUAUUGAGCAACAAUAGCAAUUAAAAUGCUGUGGGAACCAACACUGACAUUUGUUAUUUUGAUUCAGGGGUGCUCUUCAGUUUGUUUCUUAAACUUCUUAAUUACAAGAAGAAAUAUUUAAAGCUUCUGUUCAAUCCAAGACUUAUACCAGCUGAAAAAGAAAGGAUGUAUUUAUUAUUCAAAACAGAUUCUGAAAUAAUCUAUAUUCAUCAAUAUUUUUUAAAACUGUCAUAGUGUAAAAGUAAUGCAUUAAUAUGAAUGUGCUCUAAAUAUUGAUGUCACCAUAUUUUAAAUGGCUCAUGUACUCACAGCAAGAGAGAUCUGGUGACCUGCAAUGACAUAAUUAACAUGCACAGUAGGGCAUUUCUGUAGUGGGUCCACUAGCUGCAUUUACUACAGUGAUGACAUAACCAACUAGUCUACCUUACAAGCAGGCGUGAGCGUGCAGGCAGCAUUUUGUUUGCAUUAGGCCUAUUGGUCACAAUUCAUGAUCUUGUUAUAGGAACAUUUCAUUUGCUUGUCUGUCAAAAUGAUGGAUGAUUUAAUUUUUUUUCAAACAAAAGCAUCUGAAAUUCGGUAAAUGACGGGUAGAUCUCAUUGUUGUUGGCCCAAAUGAAACUGCACAGCUAGCCCAUAGAAUAUUCCUCCCAUUUCGCACAUAUGAUCCGCGUGGAAAUUGGAAAGGCGAUUGUAAAGUGACAGGAACAAAUAAAAGUUUGUAAUUGCUUAAAGUUGGCAAACGGUCGUCUUGAUUAAUAAAUACAAUGUAGGCUCCCAUAAGUUUGCUUCUAAUUCUAUAAUUAGACCUACACUGUUGCAUAACAUCUGAGCUCAAGCAAUCGCCAAGGAUCAUUAGGUAAGCUAUAUAUGCAGGGCAAACCAUGUCCAUGCUCUUAAUAUCAUGACCAAGGUAGUUUCUGAGAAGUGGUUAAUGAUAAUUAUAAUUGUUAUAAACAAUAUUUUGACUGUGUACUUUUUGGUCAGACAAAAAAAACAACUGAAAGUGGUGAUGACGGGGGUGCCCAGAUGAGGGGUUUGAUGGAUGCAGCACCCUCUUAAGGCCAUUGAAGGGAAACGCAGUUAUGAAUGAUGUGCUGUAGCAAGGCUGUAAUAUCAUUUGUCCAGAAAGAAUGAAUGGGUCUCAGCUAAAAUUAAGGGUUUUGCAAGUAACAGCUCAACAUGUAUUUGAUGAAUUUCAUGAAAAUCUGCAUAAUAUCCUGCAUAAUAACACGCACCCGCACACACAUGCCAUUAUAACCAAUAACAUAUAGAAUAGCAUACAUUAAUUUGCUUAAAGGAAUGUCAAAUUUCAAAAUUCUAAGACAUUUAGGCUGUACAACACACACAAGAAACUGCUUUCGAUGAAGUUAAACCCAUGCAUUAUGGCUGCCAAACUAAAUAAGUCAAACAAACAACCAUUUCUAAAACUACAUUAUGAACCUGGUUGACAGAGACAUGGCUUUACAUAUCUGAUAUCAUAAACUGUAAAAAAUGACAAGGGGAAUGGAACAAUGGGACCACACUAAUUACAAUCAUCUCAUGGUUAUGCAACCCACCAAAUAUUUGGCUGAUACACAUCCAUAUGUGUUUGGAUGUAACAAGGGCACAAACCAUGCGAGUGAGCAUUUUAAUUCAAAUGUGAAAAAGAAUGCAGAGUGAGAUUUCAGCCAAUUUACGUACCUACAUGACACAACAUAAGACAUAGUCAUACCAAGGAUGGAUUUAUAAAGUGAUGCAACUUGUAAAUUAAUUUAUUUCAUUAAAAAAAAAAAUUUAUCCUUUAAAUUUUGGUCCCAAUUUGUCAUGCCCAGCCCAGCGUUUAAAGUCUUUAAACUUUAGAGAAAACUGUAAUUCUGCACUGCAAAAUGUACAUCACUGAAACAGCAAAAGAGUUGCACUGUAUCCAUAAACAGGAAAUUGGAGAAAAGAUGUGGGAAAUAUUAUUUAACAUUAUUUAUUGUUUGCCAGCAGUAAAAAAAAAUAUGAGAUCAGUUGGUAAAGUGUUGCCAUGUUAGGUUAUUGUAUAAACAAAGGCAAAAAAGGUAAUCAACCUCUCACCCCAAAAAUGAUAUUGAUAAGGCUAUUAGGUUAAAACUUCAAUAUGGAGCCAAGAUCUGGGAGAAAAAUGUAAUUUGGCCUGCAUCUACAAUGGAUGUUGCAGACAUCAAUAAAACAAUAUUUUACACAGAUAUGUAUUGUCUUAACCAACAAAGUUGUUAUUAGUUGAAAGUUUAAAAAAGUAAAUGGUAAAACUCCUAAUAGCACCUUUUUUAAAGCCUCGUUAUCCCAAUGGACAUAAAGAAUGUAAUUAUUAAUCAUAACAAUGGUAGGAGAAUAUGUACAACUAUACAGAAUGAAAUGUAUGAAAUGAAAUAGAAUAGCCUGGUCUAUAUUUAUAGGCAACCCAGGUCCUGGAGUGCCAGUGAUAUUUCUGGCUUCUGUUUCGUCUCAAUUGGCCUCAUGAAGUUUUAAGGAUUAUUAAGAGUCUGAGCCUGAAUAUUCUGAGUCUGAGUACCUCCAGCACACAAUCACAUGGGUUCAUUAAACCUGAUAAUUAAUACAGUUAUGUAUUUAUGGGUUUGAGUGGAGCAGAAGCCAGGAACAUCUCUGGCACCCUAGGACUGGGGUUGUCUAACCCUGAUAUAGACCAUGUUUUGAAGCAGACAUACCAUUCCAAGCAGAUUUCCUUCACAGAAGGA